AUGUGCAUCUUGAGUAGUAGGACGCGUUCCUGUAUUAACCCCGAGGUCCGCAAACAGUCGAACGUAAAUGAUGCUUGUCAGAAUCUGAGUAUUCUCGAACAGAAGGGCACAUGUCCCUUCGACAUAGGCAAGAACCGCCAGAUCGCAACCCGAUGCAUGCGAGCACUAGAUCUGAACAGACCUUGGGUCCUCGAGGAAUACGUAGAGGCGAUGGUCAAAGCGCACACCUGUCCGUACUUCUUCGCCUUUAAACUUUUUGAACGUGUCACUCUCUGCUUCUGCCCCUACAACUAUCUCCUUGAUCCGGUAUUCAGAGAGUCGGUGGCCAGUGAGGUCUCUGGUAGUGUGGUCAUAAUCGAUGAGGCGCACAAUAUCGAGGACGCAGCGCGCGCAGCCACCUCAGUGACUCUGUUGGAACGAGAGGUGUUGGCGGCCUCGGAAGACCUAAAGCGUUACCUUUGUCUUCUGCAAGUGAUUGGUGACAUCCUGGCCGAGGAUGUGAAGGCACUAAUCAACCUCCUCGACGCUAUUCAUCAGGUUAUGAUGCUCACGCGCUCACGUCUGGUCGCAGCCGGUAGUUUCGCCUCUUCCGCGCAGGUCUGGUCGGAUACUGAGAUCGAGGGCCUCCUGUCCACCGUGGGCCUUGGCGUGGAUCGCUUUAAAACCAUGAAGACAAGUUUUAAUCGGCUAAAUAACAUGGUUCAGAAGGAGGCAGCAGCUAAUCGUGACUUUUCCACGGUGCGAAAUGAGUCAAAAUCUCUCAGUUCUGCAACGAUCCGUCUUUUCACCUACAUCUUCACUAUGCUCAAGUUCAUGUACGGCGAUGAUAUGCGUCGCAUCCGAAACUACAGAGCCGUCUUGACAGAAGUCGUCAAUUUCGAAAGGCAGCCUCAGGAGGAAGAUUUUGACAGUUCUAGUGUCCCGAUGAACCGGUGGCUAAGCAAAACACGAGGUGCUAAAACGCGACUAGUGGAGCGGAAGAGCCUGAGUUUGAACUUCUGGUGUCUCAAUCCGGCGGUGUGCAUGCGCAGCCUAGCGGAGAGCGCGCAUAGUCUCAUCCUUGCCAGUGGCACGCUAGCGCCACUAGAGGCGUUGGCGGCAGAAUUGGGUGUCGACUUUCCUGUGCGUCUGGAGGCAAGCCACGUGGUACCCCCGCAACGCGUCCUCGCCACCUGUGUUGCUUGCGGACCCCGCGGUGGCCGUCUCUGCGCCACUUUCGCGAACCAGAGUGCCUUCGUCUUUCAGGACGAGGUCGGCCACCUCCUUCUCGAGGCCUGUCAAUACGUGCCUGGUGGGGUGCUCUGUUUCUUCCCCUCAUACAGCCUUCUUGACAAGAUGAUUGCGCGCUGGGAGUUGACUGGACUGUUGGAUAAGCUGGAGAAAGUAAAGUACGUGUUUAGGGAGCCUCGAUCUUCAGAGAAAUUCGACGACUGGGUGGCAAAGUUUCACGACACCGUCGACUCGAUGCGCAGCUCGCCUCCGGGUGGGACGACCGGCGCCCUUGCUCUGGCCGUAUGUCGUGGCAAAAUCAGCGAGGGAUUGGACUUCGCUGACGACUACGCCCGACUCGUGGUUGCCGUUGGAAUACCCUUUCCGGCUGUUAAGGACCCACAGUUCCGUCUUGGUGUUAUAUCGGAUCUCUUGUGCAUAUUGUUUUUUGAAUUGUGGAACGGACUUUUCCAGACAAUCGUCGUAAUGUGUGCUAACUUAUCGCAUCCUUUGCCGCCCCGAACUGUCUGCUCUGCAUUGAUUCUUGUCUAA